AUGGGUCUCUCCCCAAAGCACCAGUUCAUGGCUACCGCGAUAUUCUUCGCCAUCAUGAGCGGCGUCGUGGGCGCCCCGAUCCCUCCAAUAAAAGUGCUAGCCUUAUUCCCCGCGCUCGGUGUCGUUGCGCAGGCGCUCAUCGAGGCAUGGGAGCCCUUCACGAGGUUCGCACGCACAACCAAGCGGACCAUAGUGCGCACACGAUCGGGUCCCCAGAGACCCGAGGCCGAUGCAAAGCCCGAGACUGUCCAGUCACUGGAGCCAGACCGAGCAGCCGCCGUCUCUGAGCAACUUGCAACCCAGCAUGAUACGCACAGCGCCUUCCCGGGGGGCCAGUCUGUGAUCUGA